AUGUCCACCAAAGGAGGACUCGACUCCUACUUACCGGAGUAUCUGGCAGAAGACGACAGCCAGAGUCUCAUUGACGCCAGUGUCGCUGUCAUAGUCGUUAUAACGAUAGUAUAUGCCAUGUUCUUGAUUUCUCGGCUGUUCUGUGCGGAGCACAACCACUGGGAAUUCCGGGUUUUGUAUCCCUUUUCGUACCUUCUCUGUCUGGGACUUUGCAUCAAUGGUAUCUUCGCAGGCGCGGGCCGACAUCUGGCCUAUUGGUUGAUCCAUGAUCCAUCGGUUAUCGUACCAUUUCUCAAGAUCCAGACAGCAGGCGAGUUUAUAUACAUGGCCGGUGUGACCUUUCCCAAGGUGGCGAUCUUGAUCCUGUAUCUCAGAGUCUUUGUCGAGCGCAAGGUCCGCAUCAUCACCUGGAUCGUGAUCGGGGUGGUUCUGGCAAACUGGAUUGCCGUUGGUAUCAUCGCCGCCUUGGUGACCUGCCAGCCGUUUGCUUUCAAAUGGGAUAAGACAAUCCCAGGCGGCCACUGUGCAAACCUGAUGGCCGCCUAUAAGUACGUCAGUAUUCCCAACAUCCUGACUGAUCUGGCCGUUGCAAUUCUGCCUUUGUCCACCCUCUAUCAUUUGCAGAUGAGCAGAACCCGGAAGAUCGGAAUCUGCUUGACAUUCAUGGCGGGAAGUCUGGGUAUAAUCACCUCUGUGAUCCGUUUCGUUGGAUUUUAUGAGUCGAAUCUGGAAUCAGACCUGUGGUUACUUGGGGUCAAGACUACGAUAUAUACCAUGAUUGAGCCCUCUGCUUAUUUCAUUUGCUCGUGCUUGCCAGGGAUGAGCCCCUUGGUACGGGAGGUGUACAAAAGGUCACAGCUGAGCCGUCUCGUCAGCAGCGGUCAUACCUCCGGUGGUUCGGCUGCCAAGCGCCUGCAUGAGUAUCCCCUGGGGAGUUACAAGGGUAGCAACCACACAUCAGUUUCUGCUGCACAAUGCCGGAGUAUUCCGGGUUAUGACGAGAGCACAGGCGGCUUCAUCAGACUGGAGGAAACGGUUCGUGUAGAUUAUUCGCCUGGGCGUGUUGCGUGA